CAGCAGUUACGAAAUUACUUGGUCAUUCUACAAUUCAAUAACAGUACAGUGUCAAAUAUUAAAUAUUAUGUGCUCAGGUUAGCAGAGUCCAAAGACCGUCAAUUCAUCAUAAGAUGUAAAUAAAUACGUACAUACAUACAGGCAAUUAUGGCAUAUUAUGUGAACUGAUCAUUAUUUUUUAAAUCAAUCACACUCUUUGACUUCGUUGAGAGUUAAAGAAUUGAUAGAAUUGUGAGUUAUCCUUGUUCUUCAUAAAAAAAUAAGUAUAUUUCAAAUGUCGACAGUGGCAGAAAGGUUAAAAGUCUUACAGGGACACUUAAAACAUGGGCAACAAGCUUCGUAUUUUGACUCCCCAAAAAGGUUUCGAUUUACGCUCGACAAUCCCAGAUUGACCGAAGAGCAGAGAAUUUUUUACGAACACAAUGGAUACAUUGUUUUCAAGAACUUGGUUCCUCAUCAUCUAUUGGACGGAUGGAGUCAACAUUUCCGGGACAUUUGCGAUGGUAAAGUGGGUCGUGGUCAAAUGAUGAUGAUGAAAGAUAUUAGUUUACUGAAAAGUUUAAAGGCAAAGGAUGCGGAUUCCGUUAAGGGAGAGAGAUUAUAUAAUAAAAUCCAGGACGUUAUGUGGGACGAAGAGUUCUUUAAAUACAUCGCAUUGCCUGAGAUUGUUGACAUUGUUAAAUGUUUCACGGGGCCCAAUAUAAUGGCGAUCCACACAAUGGUCAUUAACAAACCCCCAGAUACUGGGUCCGAUACAUCCAGACAUCCCCUCCACCAAGAUCUGCACUACUUUCCAAUUCGACCGGCCGACCACAUCGUGUGUUCUUGGACCGCAAUGGAGCAGGUGACUCGAGAGAAUGGAUGUCUGGUAGUUCUGCCAGGAUCGCAUCGAGGGAGUCUCUACCCUCACGAGUAUCCGCAGUGGGAGGGCGGCGUCAACUUCGCUUAUCACGGCGUCGUAGGUUUUGAUGGUCAUGGCCGAGUUCACCUCACGAUGGACAAGGGAGACACCGUCUUCUUCCAUCCAAUUCUCAUUCAUGGAUCGGGGGCCAACCGCACAGAGGGAUUCCGUAAAGCUAUAUCAUGUCACUAUGCAGCAUCCGAAUGUAAUUACAUUGACGUAAAAGGAACUACUCAAGACAAUAUUGCAACCGAAGUUGAAGCAUAUGCAAUGAAAAAGAAUAAGACUUCGGUAGAUUAUAAGGAAAUUUUUCACAUCAGAGCUCGAUUGGUUAAUGGAAAAGAAGUUAACAUUUAAUUGAAUUUUUCAUAUUUUCGUAAUCCGUCAUUUUCAGUUUCCAUUACUUGUUAUUCUUUGAAGUAGUUGAGAAAAAAUGUAUAAAAGAAAAUGUUAUGUGGCUUCAUUUUCAAUAAACAAAACAAGUUACCACGAAUUGGCACCAUGA